GCAGCCCUGGCCCUCCCACUGACCAGGUGUGUGCUUUUGAGUAAGUUGUAGACUUCCAGGUACUGCCGUUUUUUUGUUUUUAAUCUGAGAGGCCGCAUAACCUAGCUAGCUUGCUCAUUGCAGGGGUUCAUUCCACACGGGUCCUGCCAGACACUGGGCUGAGUGUUGGAAGAUGAGCAUUCGACACGCCAGGCGGGGCCUCUGCCCUCACAGAGCUUGCAGCCAGUGGGGUCGGACGACGUGGCUGGGAAGGAGGGGGGCUCUCUGCCCGACUCCUGACACAUGGGCCAGCACUGCAGGUCCAGGGCGCGGGGAGGUCGCCCGCAGAACGCGCCUCGUGUCGCCGCCCGUCCAGUGCUUAACCCAGGAAGGGCAGGCACGUCGAGGAGAGUCCCGAAGGCGGCCGGUUCCAGUCCAAGCGCUGGGCUUUGACUGCUGGAGCCGGGGAGCAAAGUAUUUGGACCGCACAUGCGCGGUGCUCUUGCCCUGCCCCACCUCUCGAUCGCGGAUUGGUGAGCGCAGGUCACGUGGGCGCACCUCCCGCUUCCUCGCCGCCGGGGGCCGGCCGGCCGGCUCAUUUCCGGUCCGGUGAGUCCAAGAUGACGGAGUCGGGCGCCUCUCCGGAGGACCCCUGGGUCAAGGUGGAAUAUGCCUACAGCGAUAACAGCCUGGAUCCCGGGCUUUUUGUAGAAAGCACCCGCAAGGGGAGUGUAGUGUCCAGAGCUAAUAGCAUUGGUUCCACCAGCGCCUCUUCUGUCCCCAACACAGAUGACGAGGACAGUGAUUACCACCAGGAGGCCUACAAGGAGUCCUACAAAGACCGGCGGCGGCGCGCACACACUCAGGCUGAACAGAAGAGGAGGGACGCCAUCAAGAGAGGCUAUGAUGACCUUCAGACCAUCGUCCCCACUUGCCAGCAGCAGGACUUCUCCAUUGGCUCCCAAAAGCUCAGCAAAGCCAUCGUUCUGCAAAAGACCAUUGACUACAUUCAGUUUUUGCACAAGGAGAAGAAAAAGCAGGAGGAGGAGGUGUCCACAUUACGCAAGGAUGUCACGGCCCUAAAGAUCAUGAAAGUGAACUAUGAGCAGAUUGUGAAGGCACACCAGGACAACCCCCAUGAAGGGGAGGACCAGGUCUCUGACCAGGUCAAGUUCAACGUGUUUCAAGGCAUCAUGGACUCCCUGUUCCAGUCCUUCAAUGCCUCCAUCUCAGUGACCAGCUUCCAGGAGCUGUCGGCCUGUGUCUUCAGCUGGAUUGAGGAGCACUGUAAGCCUCAGACCCUGCGGGAGAUUGUGAUUGGCGUCCUGCACCAAUUGAAAAACCAGCUUUACUGACCGGUUCUUGGAAACCUGCAGAACAGCCAAGAGGCCUGUGAAUCUUUACUUGGCCACUGAACUGCUGGGCCCAUGAGACUGGACUACAACACCUCAAACUGGUCAGCUGGUUUCUACUUGUGUUUGGUUUUCCCAUCCCUGUUUUAUCUUCAGCGGAGCUGGGGUGUUUGUUUUGUGAAAGUUUCUGAUUAAUUUAUUAUAUUGACGAUAAAACUCAAACCUACCCAGCCUUCCCCCCAUCCCCCGCUCCUGCCCAUGGAAGUCCUUGGGCAGGACACCCCAAAGAGCUCCUGCACUCUCAGCCCUUUUUUCAAGCCUCAGAUUUCUGCCCAUGAUCUACAUAGAUUUGGAAACUCUUUGCCUCUGUUUUGGUCUCUUGGGCAACAUUUGGCUCAAGUUUGGGCAUUUUGGCAGUAGCUGGAUGGGAGAAAAAUAAGAAAAAAUAUCCCACAGCUGUGGGGGUGAAAGGCCACCUUGUGCCUACACUGGGGCUGCCUGGUCACUCCCAGGUGAGGCUAACGGCUUUCUGGCCAUCUCAGGGCAGGGCCACCAGGUUCCCUCCCUAGGCUCCACAUUCCGUCACCUUAUUCCUCUGCUCUGGGUGGUAAGGGAGGCCCUUCUGGUUCCCACAGGCUGUGGUGCUGCAUGACAGAGGCAGGUGUAACACAUAUAAAAAUAUUUGAAAUUUAUUUUUCUAAAACCAAUGCAGUUUUGCUAUAGUUACAAUUUUGAAAUACUAACUGGGGCUCAAAACCACCACCCAGGCUUUCUGUCAAGCAUAUCUAUGCCCCUCCCAUGUCUCAGUGUUGCCUGCAUUUCUCCCAGGACUUAGGGUACAGAAGGUAUGUGAAAGGCUUCCUGGGGUACACAAGUCCACCAGAGUCCUGAGUGAAGGGAGGCCUUGGGCCCUCCAAAUUCUGGUUUAUAGCAACGUCACUCUACCCUAGUCCUCCAGGUUCACUUCUGCCUUCCUCAGGUUUGGUAUCUGGCAGGUUUGACUACGCAGAGGAAAUUAAAUAUUUUUAUAUCAAAUUAAAUUACAAUAAAUAUUGCCAAAUGCUUUCUUUCA